CGCAGUACCUUUCUCCCGUUGCUCUAACUAAUACAUCUGACUUCGUCCAUUCGAUCAGUCAGUCUCUGAAUUUCGUGAACGGCUUCCUGCGAACAUCCACCGUCAUCUCCGCUGCCGUCUGUGGACCGGUUGUCGGUCACCUGGGCUGAGCCUGGAAGCAUGUCCUCAUCAGGAGUCAACCUGUUCCACCUGCCUUCAGAGACUCCUGUCAGCAACGAAGUCAAGUUUUCACCAACAACUGGAGAUGGCUCAGAAGACGAAGAUUACUCAGCGAGUCUAAGUGCGGUGCUGCGCCAGCGACGGGCAAGUGUGCGGAGGUCUCGGAAGGGCAGAGCCAGACGCCCGUCUUCGCCAUUCCUUGCAGAUGAGAACAGGCCUAGAAGGAGGUCUUCUGUGUUCACCACAAGUUCUGGAGACACAGCAAUAUCAAUGGACGACGGCCAGCUAGCAGUCGUGACGCAGGAGCAAAUAUUCGAGAACAUUCAUCUGCACAAAGAAGUGCUGGGCUCCGUGAAACAACAACCGCUUGGGAUGAGGAGGAAACUCAAGAUUGUUCACCAGGCUAAAGCAUACAUAAAACGUCACGAAGGACAACUGCAGGAGAGACUGGCACAGUCCAAGAGCACUCGAGAUAUUUACGCUAGAUUCAACAUAUUAUUGAAUUCCUACUGGCAACAAAUAAAACGCGAGGCGGCCAACACUUCAAACCUACUGAUUCCAUGGGAGUUGAGGAUCAAGGAGAUCGAGUCUCACUUCGGGUCCGUGGUCGCGUCCUACUUCACCUUCCUUCGUUGGCUUUUCUGGGUGAACCUGGUCAUUGGCUUCAUACUACUCGUCUUUGUCAUAGUGCCUGAGUAUUUAACAGCGAAUCCACAACAAGAUGGUGAACGGAAAAUUAUUAUGGACGAAGAGAAACGUAACGCAUCGAAUCUUUUGACCUUAUGGGAAUUCGAAGGAGUUUUGAAGUGCUCACCGAUCUUCUAUGGGUACUAUAGCAAUGUAGAGAGAGCUCAGUAUCGCAUGCCACUCGCAUACUUCUUGACAGGACUUGCCGUGUACAUUUAUAGCUUCGUCGCCAUACUCAGGAAAAUGGCUGAGAAUUCUCGAAUGUCAAAGCUGUCGGAGAAAGAAGACGAAUGUAUAUUCUCGUGGAAAUUGUUCACUGGUUGGGAUUUCAUGAUCGGUAACACGGAGACAGCACAUAAUCGUAUCGCAUCAGUCAUAUUGGGGUUCAAAGAAGCGUUGCUUGAAGAAGCCGAAAAGAAAAAGGAUUUAAGGAACUGGCGUAUAAUAUCACUCCGAGCUCUGGUCAACAUAUGUGUUGUCAUACUGCUAGCAGUGUCGGCAUAUGCCGUGGUAACAGUCGUGUCCCGCUCUGACGAUAACUUAAAAGUAAGAAGUUGGUGGCGAGAGAAUGAAACGACAAUAGUUGUCACAGUCAUCUCUAUAACGUUUCCUGUAUUCUUUGAGUUACUUGGAUUUUUAGAACACUACCAUCCAAGGAAGCAAUUGAGGCUGCAAUUAGCAAGGAUCAUGUUAUUGAAUCUUCUCAAUUUAUACUCUCUCAUAUUUGCCCUGUUCAGCAAGAUUGAGGGAAUGAGCAAAGAUCUUGAUUUAUUAAAACCAACAUUGAGUUUGAAUGCGACGGUAACACCAAAUGAAACUCUAAAUCUAAGUGAAUCUUAUACAACGACAUUGCCAGACUUUUGUAUCGAACAGACGGUAUCGUGUGGGCCUUGUGAUAUACAAAUAACUUUACCGAUGAAGCUAUCAGAUGGGAUCGUACUGAAAACUGGCUCCGCAUCAUUUCCUAAGAAAAUCGCCCCUAAAAUACUUUUAAGACGUCCACGCGACGAAAAAAUUGAAACAACAAGUAGUGGCACGGAAAGUAACUUUGGAGACACUGAAAGUACCACAUUAGAUAGUAUUUCUUUGGGAAUUAAAGAACUGGAACGGUUACGAAAUAUACGAAUUCAACAACCAAUAAAUGUUAUAAAUGUAAAAUUAAAUGAGACUACAUCAGACCCAGACGAUUACGAGUAUACAUUUUAUGAUACUGAAAGUACUACGGGAACAGAAACUGACAGUGAUAUGCAAGACUACACUAAUUUUAUCUAUUCGAGUACAGUGACGGACUUCACUUCAUUGGAUUACACGACCACAGUUGAUAAUUAUAGUACUGACACCUCAACAGUUACGGAGACUUCAGAAAUGCCCACUUCUAUAAUUGAUGAUAAUCUUAAUACAGAUACGACUUUGAAUACUGAAACUACAUUCGCUGAUACAGAUUUCUAUUCAACUUUCAGUUUACUUGAAACAACAACAGAAAUUUUAGACUUAACUACUGACAAAAUACUUGAUACAUCUACAAAUGAUAUGGUAGAUACCACUACUUAUUCUGUAGAUACUACUACUAGUUUAGAUGUAACAGAAAGCACAUUAAAAUAUUCUAUUGAUAACGAUAUUAUAGAAACUUCUAGUGCGUAUUCACCGCAGCAACAAUCUACAAAAGCUAUUAACAAGGCAAAGAACUAUAGCAUUCCCACUGAAGUUACUACAGAGGCGACAACUACGACUAUGAAGCCUAAAACACCCACAACGAUUGCUUUUUGUCCCGACUUCACAUUCAAUUGUACAAUAAACUGUAAUGGGAAAAAUAUGAAACAAGUAUUCUUUAUGUCUAAUUGCACCAUCGUAAAGAGAGUUUGUUAUGUUAAAGUCUGUCCAUCAAAUGUAAAUGCAGCAGUUGAUGUGAAGAACGGAACUAACGCCACUGCUAUCGAUGUGAUGUAUUACGAUGACAAUAAAAGGAAAAUGUACAAUCUGUCAGUACCUACAAAGAAGAAGUUGUUAAAACUUUGCUGGGAAACGAUGUUUGGGCAAGAACUCGUGAAAUUGACCAUGAUGGAUUUGGUCUUCGUUCUACUCGGCACAUUAUUUUUAGACUUCUUUCGCGCACUGUUUGUGCGUUACAUGAACAGGUGUUGGUGCUGGGACCUUGAAAAAAAGUUCCCAGAAUAUGGAGACUUCAAAAUUGCGGAAAAUAUUCUGCACCUUAUCAAUAACCAGGGAAUGGUAUGGAUGGGGAUGUUCUUCUCGCCCGGCCUCGUUGUGUUGAACGUUGUCAAGCUAAUGAUCAUGAUGUACCUGCGCUCGUGGGCAGUCAUGACAUGCAAUGUACCGCACGAAGUUGUCUUCAGAGUAUCAAAAAGCAAUAACUUCUACCUAGCACUAUUGUUAACAAUGUUAUUUUUAUGUGUAUUGCCAGUUGGGUACACAAUAGUUUGGGUAAAACCGUCAUGGCAUUGUGGACCUUUCUCUGAAUAUGACAAGAUCUACUAUAUACUAACAAUCAACAUUUAUAAAAUAUUGCCGAACAGUCUGAGUUUCGCACUGGAAUACAUAGCCUCGCCUGCUAUAGUGAUACCUUUGUUGGUAUUAUUAAUAUUGAUAAUAUAUUAUUUGACGUCACUGACAAACUCUUUACGAGAAGCGAACAAUGAUUUAAAAAUACAAUUACGCCGUGAAAGAACUGAAGAACGAAGAAAAAUGUUCCAACUAGCUGACACUAGGCGAAGAGGCGGGUCGUCAUCUAUCGACAAUACGCCUUUUGCUAGAUGGAAGAAAGCAUUGCCGUCAUUACCAAUGAGCAAAUCUAUUGAUUCCGAUGAUCGGAAAACUUUGACAGAAGAGAUGAAUGAACCGAUUAAAGUUGCGAAGAAAAAAGGUGGCAUAUUUGCUAAAAUUGUUGGUAUGGCGCUUGAUAAAAAAAGUGAUGUAGAAGCCGAUUCAGAAGUCAAUAUUCCUUCACCCUCCCCGAACAAUGUAGAUGAUGAAACAGACUCUGACUUUCAUGAGACUCUACCAAGAGAUAUUUUAAAAAUUAAAGAUAUUUUUGUAAUUAAACCAGAUAGAAAGGUAAAAAACAGCGUGGAAUUCAAAACGGAUGGGUCAAAAAAACAGAAAAUCAACGAAAUAUUUAAUAAGGGAUUGAAAGUCAAACUGGAAAAAAUUGAAGACAGAACAGAAAAGAAAGCUGUGAUUGAAAAACAAAUCCAAGAUGCAAAAGAAGCAACAACGCCAAAAAUUGUAAAAGAAAUGUCUAAAGAAGAGAACAAUGGUAAGAAAAUACACGAGAAACAAACAUCACAAUCAAGUACGCAAUCAAAACAAUCGGAUUCCAUUGGUUCUGUGAUCCCAGUAAUUACUAUAAGUACCACAGAAAGUGAUGAAGAGAUGUUGUCAAAUAAAGACAAUAAUGAGAAAAAAAUUCAUAAAGUGAAGGAUGACAUUAAGCCAAAGAAGCCAUCGGACCUAAAGUCUCUCCGUCGACAGAGUAGUGUCGAGAGCAUAAGUGAAAACAAACAAUCUCACGAUAAAAAGCAAGAUGGCCAUAAAUAUCAAUACUCACUGUAAUAUUAGUACGUAAUCAUUGAAAUAAACCUCCGUCUUUGUAGUUGUA